CUGGAAGGUCUGAAUUCGAAACCAAAAAAAUUAGGAGAACAAAAAAAAGCAUGUCCGCAUAUGAACUUAACGUACGGCAAAGCAGCGGAAAAAUUUCCCCACCCCAGAUCUACCCAAGCAGUCGAAGAAAAGAAGUAGAAGAUGCAGAAGAAGAAGAAGAACAGAGGAAGAAGAAGAGAAAGAAGAAAGAAGAAGAUGAGAGGAUAGAACGCACUAGGGCCUCCCGCUGCAGCUGCCGCGGUGCCGCGUCUUCCUUGUUGAGCCGCCUCCACGCUGCCGUGUCGCCGUAUUUUCACUGCAAUGCCACUACAGCUCAACACAUCGGUUAUUUUGUACGGUGCUAGGCCUUGAAGCUGCUCUGCUUAGCUAUGGAUGAAGGAGAGAGGGCUCAGGGAGCUUGUCGAGGAGCGAUAAGGUUUGCGUGAGAGAAAAAGGUAAAGUUGGAAAACAGGGGCAGUUUUGGUAACCAGGAAAAAUUUGGUCCUAUUUACGAGUUAGAAGCUGUUCCGUUCGUCUUAAUCUUAUUACUUAUUCCUUAAUCUUAUUUUAUUCAGAUCAGAUCAGAUCAGAUCAGAAAGAUUCAGAUCAGAUCAGAUCAGAUCAGAAAGAUUCAGAUCAGAUCAGAUCAGAUCAGAAACAUUCAGAUCAGAUCAGAAAGAUUCAGAUCAGAUCAGCAACAUUCAGAUCAGAUCAGAAAGAUUCAGACCAGAUCAGACCAGAUCAGACCAGAUCAGAAACAUUCAGAUCAGAUCAGAUCAGAUCAAAAAAUUCAAACAUGAUUUAUCACUUUUAUUAUUAUAUUAAUUAUGAUUAUUA